AAAUAUCACAAAACUCAUGGAUAAACCUGAAGAAAUAGUAGAAAAUGUGGAGCCGGAACUUCCAGCUCCGACCACAGCUGCCUCUGGCCAAAUAAAGGCCAUUGCCAAGGACACUGUACACAAAAUCUGUUCUGGUCAGGUGGUGCUCAGCUUAGCGGUGGCUGUCAAAGAGCUGGUGGAGAACUCAAUUGAUGCGGGAGCCACGCUGGUAGAGAUUAAACUAAAAGAUCAGGGCCUCCAAGUCGUGGAAGUCAGCGACAAUGGAUGUGGCGUAGAAGAAUCAAAUUUGGAGGGCAUGACUGCCAAGUAUCACACAUCCAAGAUACGGGAAUUUGUGGAUCUCCUGGGUGUGGAAACAUUCGGAUUCAGGGGAGAGGCUCUGAGUUCCCUUUGCGCUUUAUCCGAUAUGGUCAUCCAAACACGCCACAAAAGCACUGAAGUGGGCCUAAAAGUAGAGCUGGACCAUGAGGGAAAAAUUAAGAAGCGAACGCCCUGUGCUCGGGGAAUCGGAACCACUGUCAGCCUUUCCAAUCUGUUUGUAACCCUGCCCGUCCGACGGCGGGAUUUCACUCGAAACAUCAAGAAGGAGUUCACAAAGAUGUGCCAGAUCCUGCAGGCCUAUUGUCUGGUCACAAAGGGUGUACGGAUUCUAUGCAGCAACCAGACACCGAAGGGCGCCAAGACUGUAGUGCUUCAGACACACGGUGCCCAGGAUGUACUAGCCAAUAUUUCAGCUGUUUUUGGAGCCCGUCAAGUAGCGGAUUUGGUGCCACUAAAAUCGCCCUUCGAAAAGGGCGAUCUCAGCGAGGCAGGUUUGCGGGCUGAUUUGGAGGCUUCUGCAGAUGCGGCCGACACUACCUUGACCCAAUUUAGUGCGGAGGAUGUGGAGCGACUGAACCAGGCAGAUUUCCAAUUAGAGGGAUACAUUUCAAGCUGUCGUCAUGGCGCUGGUCGCUCUAGCAGAGAUCGUCAGUACUUUUUCGUCAAUUCCCGACCCUGCGAUCCCAAGAAUAUAGCCAAAGUCAUGAACGAAAUCUACCAUCGCUAUAAUGUCCAGCAACAGCCCUUUAUCUAUUUGAACAUCGUUACCGCUCGCUCCGAUGUGGAUGUGAAUCUGACGCCGGAUAAGCGUCAACUGCUGAUCAACAACGAGCGCAUUUUGUUGCUAGCUCUUAAAAAGUCCCUGCUGGACACUUUUGGUCAAACCCCAUCUACCUUUCAGAUGCAAAACACAACAAUUGUCAGUAUGUUUGAACCAAAAACUGUGAAAAAGGAGGAAAAAGUGGAGGAAGCCAAUGAAUCGAGCAACGCAAUCCAGGAGGAAGAGGACGAUAACUUGGUUCCGAUUAGCUCGACCCAGCGAUUCAUGGAUGUGCUUACUCAGUGGCGCAGGACUGGGGACACGCAAGGUACCGCUCCCAAAGCCUCCAUCAAGCGCCGCUGCACCGAAGCAGAGGAACUGGCCAGCCGAAAUAAGAAAAUGCAGAAGAUUCAGGAUUUUCUCACUCAGGAACCGCCCAAAGAGCAGAGUCUGACAUACAAGUCGGAAUGUGAAGAGGAAAGUGUUGGUGGAGAUCGGGAUACGUCUAAAGACCACAAGGAGCAGAGCAAACUUAAUGACAGUUUCUUAAAUCUUAAAGAACUUGAAAAAGAAUCUGAAGCUUACGAUUUGUUGACCCAACCAGUAAAAGCAGCCAAUGUUGUUUGCAAGGUCCUGACGCCUUUAAAAAACCGACGUAGCAUAGCAGAAUUUAAGCCCAAGGAGAAGACAGAGAUUAAGUCCAGUGAAAAAUCCGAAUCCAAGUCAGAUUCUAUAACAAACUUAGAAGUAGAAGCUCCAUUACUUUCGCAGUCAACCGACGCCACAGAGGAAGAUGAUUGCGAAGAUGCUAUUGAGCUGCCUACACGAAUUGAGUUUGACAAGGAGGAGGAGGACCCGAACCAAUCCAUGUCCAAAUAUGCUACAGGAGAAAUACGUACUUCGUUGGAGGAGAUAGCCUCCAAAAUGAAGGCUCACGAGAAGGAGCAACGAGAGCGUAGAUCCCGAGCCAAGCUACAGAGGCUGAGGUUCAAAAGUGAAAUAAAUCCAAACCAGAAUAACAAUGCAGAGGCUGAACUCCAGCGGGAGAUUGGCAAGGAAGACUUUGUCUGCAUGGACAUUAUCGGCCAGUUUAACUUGGGCUUUAUCAUCGUCAAGCUCGAGGAUGAUCUGUUCAUCGUGGACCAGCAUGCCACCGAUGAGAAGUACAACUUCGAGACCCUGCAGCGAACCACUCAGCUGGAAUACCAGCGACUGACAGUGCCCCAAUCCCUUGACCUGACGGCCGUGAAUGAAAUGGUUCUUAUUGACCACCUGGCAGUGUUCGAAAAGAAUGGCUUUAAGUUCGAGAUCAACCAUGACGCUCCUGCCACCAAAAAGAUUAAGUUGUUGGGCAAGCCGCACAGCAAGCGCUGGGAGUUCGGAAAGGAGGACAUUGACGAGCUAAUCUUUAUGCUGCAGGAUGCACCCGAGGGCACCAUAUGUAGACCCUCAAGAGUACGUGCCAUGUUUGCCUCGCGGGCCUGCCGUAAAUCCGUGAUGAUUGGCACGGCUUUAAAUAGAACCACAACAAUGCGGCGGCUCAUCACACAAAUGGGGGAAAUAGAACAGCCAUGGAACUGCCCCCAUGGCCGACCCACCAUGCGUCACCUCAUAAACAUAGCCAUGGUAAUGGAUGACCAAGAUGAUGAAGAGGAGGAUGCUACUGCUCCAGACAAGACAGAGUGA